AUGUCGUUAAAACGUAUUACCAAGGAACUAAAUGAUUUGGGCAGGGACCCUCCAACAUCCUGUUCGGCAGGGCCCGUUGGAGACGAUUUGUACCACUGGCAGGCGUCUAUCAUGGGGCCUCCAGACUCGCCAUACGCGGGAGGAGUGUUUUUCCUAUCCAUCCAUUUCCCCACGGACUAUCCCUUCAAACCGCCAAAGAUUUCGUUCACAACCAAGAUAUAUCAUCCUAAUAUCAAUGCGAACGGGAACAUUUGUUUAGACAUCUUGAAGGACCAGUGGUCUCCAGCGUUGACUAUAUCGAAGGUGUUGCUUUCCAUCUGCUCAUUGUUGACAGAUGCCAAUCCGGACGAUCCGUUGGUGCCUGAGAUUGCUCAUAUUUACAAGACCGAUAGAGCUAAGUACGAGGCUACCGCUAAGGAAUGGACGAAGAAGUAUGCUAUUUGA